GGAUCUGGCAAUCUUGGCUACCCAAAGUACGUGACAGCAGCGGCCAUUAUUGACACUGUGCGGGAGUUUGACAAUGUUCCUCUUUCUGUUGUGGACGUGCAUGUCGUCGGUUAUCCAGAAGACCUCGACUUUGAAGAAGUAGGUACCUGAAGUUUUUCAUGCGAAAGGUUGACUUUAAUGUGUCUGUGUCAUUGCCAAUUCACUUUCUCGCAUGAUAUCAUCAUUCCUAUAAAUAGAUUAUAAACUGACAACUCAUGUAUUUAUAAACUGACCAUUUAGCUAUGAAGAAGUGUAAUAUUUCAUAUACCGUAGUAAACAACAAGUAACAUGUGUUAGUAUUUGUGAGAAAAUGGACUGAAGCCUUGAAGGUUGAGAUGACACGAUAGUAACGGAAAAAGUAAGUGUGCUUCAUACAUGUACGUAUAUUCUGAAAUUACUGAAUGCAUCACUAAAUACGUAGACAUCACCUCGCCCAUAAAGUCGUAAUUCACUGUUCCCACAUGCAUCGUGUGAGUGAGUUACAAUUGAAAGACACGUCGGCGAUAUUUCAGUAAUAUCAUGCGUAGAACAAGUCACGUGUUGCAAACAGGAACAAAAGUAGUUUGCCAGACAUUUAUCGGGACACAUAACUUUGUGACAAUGUAGGACGUGACGCCAAGAUGCACCAGGAUAAUGCCACCCUAUUGCAAAGCUGUUUCCCAAGACCUUACCCUUCUCCUACCAUCAUAGGACAUAUCUCGGAUGAGGUGGAACUAUGCCUACGGCAGUACCAGAACCAGCGAAUACCUCUACUAUCCAGGCUGACACACUUGUCUUACAUGUGGUAUUGAUUAUAUCAAGUUAUUUUAUCAGAUAAGUAACAUAGUGACGCAUAUGAUGGGUGUGUUAUUUUAUAUCUGUGUGUAACGUUUCUUUUAUAAUUGGAAUCUUUGAUUUGUCUUCUUUACUGAAACCAUUACUGGUCGUGUACAGGAUAGUUCUUUACCAUUUCAGGCUUAUAAACGACACCUACAGAAAGCUACGGCUUCUGCAAAUAAGAGUUCAGAAACCAUUCCGAUUGGCAAGCUGAUGCUCGUUCUUCUUGAAGGGGGAGAUAACUGACGAUUGUGUGGAUGUCAUCGUUCACCCCACAACAAAACAACUGUCAUUUGAUUCAGGUGACGUUUCAGCAAGUUUGAGAUUAAAAUGUGGCACUAGUUUUGUUGAAGAAUGUCAGGAUGAAGACAGUGUCAUCAAGAAGAAUGGAGUGGUUCUUACCACGGCUCCGGGUUUACAGUGCAAAAACAUCCUACACACUGCACCUAAACAUUUCGGAAGUUGGAAGAAAACUAUAAAGAAAUGUAUCCUACUCGUGGAUGAGACCAACGAGUACACGUCCAUUGCUUUCCCAGCUGUUCCACCUGAUAUGCUGCGGGGUUCUCUUGAAGAAGUAUACGAGGAGGCGGCGAGGGAAAUGGUGGACGCGGCCAGAACCAUGCACACAACUACUGUGGAAAUGAUUCGAGUCUUCUGCCCCGACCAGUCCAAGUUAGCCACGUACAAAGACGCAGUGCUCAAGGCUAUACCAGACCUCUCCACCAUGACAGGAAGACUGAAGUCUCGUAUAAAGGCAAUUAAAAGGAGAACAUCCAAAACAGAGACAACGGACGAUGGUGUGCUUGAAACAUUUGGCCUUAGUGUCAAUGCAAAGUUGCCGAUGCCUGCAGCAGAACGCCCCAGUAGGAACGAGUCUGUAGCGUCAGUGACAGUGUAUUGUCAGGAAAAUAAGUGUGACGCAAUCGUUAAAAAGCUGGCAGACAGAUGUGAUGAAGACUUCACCAGGAAAGUUGUGGACCAGCGGAUACAGGAGCUGACGUCUUCAAAGACUGAAGAUCUUGUGGCGUUUGCAAAGAAAGAGGGCGUAGAUGUCAACACAUUAAAAGGUAGUGGUGAGGUACAUCUGAAGAGGCCAUUCCACCGCCUCACCAAAGUGUGCCAUCAUUUGGAUGAAAUUCUACAAACAGUUGCUGAUCUGGGUUUUGUGGCUUAUCCCACUUGCUGGGAAAGCUUCGAGUCUGACCAGAGGGUUUUCAACGUUGCUGAAGGAAGCAUAGAAUACAUGAGUGUGAAGAACAGUUUCAUGGCGUCAUUGGGUGAAAAGGGACAUCGUUCUACCAUCUUUAAGAUUGAGAGGAUUCAGAUCCCGGAUCUGUACAAGCAGUACCAGAUCGCGAUGCAGACUAUCCAGAAGGAGCAUCCCCCUACAAAGACAAUGAACGCAUCAUGUGGCAUGGAACUGACGUAGAAGCUGUUCCCAACAUCAACAAAUAUGGCUUUAAUAGGUCUUACAGCGGAAAGAACGCUACCCUGUAUGGACAAGGUGUGUACUUCGCCGUGAAUGCAAGCACCUCUUCUAUGGACAAGUACUCUCCUCCAGACACCUAUGGUAUCAAAUAUAUCUACAGGGCUCGGGUCCUGACGGGCAGAUACACCAAGGGGGAUGCCAAAAUGAGGGACCCUCCCCGUGUUGACCCUACUGGCUCUGUCAGGUUCACCUCAACCACUGAUGACACUUCACGACCAUCGCUGUUCUGCAUCUAUCGGGACACAUAUUCCUACCCAGAGUACCUGAUCUCUUUCCAGCUGUCACUGCCUCAAACAUCAUAGGUCAGAACUCGGGACAGCGUCAGAAGGGCAGCUUUGAUCAUAGACUUGAGGACCUGCUUGUUUAACAAAUAUUGUUUUCUACGUUCAUGUCCAAGUCGUUCAAAGCAAAUUGUAGCCACUAUAACCUGCUUUUGCUUCAGAAUCACUGCUAAACAUUAUUCCACGGCUAUAUUCAUAAUAGUUCAGUAAAUCGAUUGUGGAGAAAGGGGGCUUAUGGGUAACUGUGUUAUUAAACUCAGAUUUUUCAAUUUUAGUUUACAAAUGUCUGUUACAAUUUAGUUUUGGUAUGUGAACAUUACUACAAUGUUCUUGGUUGUUGAGUUGUAUUUAAACAAAAGUCUUUAACUGACAAAAAAUGACAAUAAUGAAACAGAGGCAUUGACUAAUCUGCCACGCAUAUUCCACAGGGUUCCAACGGUGUACAUGAAUGACUAGUAUAGGGGAGGUAACUGUACAUGGGUCAAACACAUUAGUAAAACAAACAUCAGUGGAACCACAUUAUUAAACGAUAUUGCAUUGGAA